AUGGCUCCACGGUCCCGACAACAAAGGCAGAAGAAAGCCUCCUCAUUGGUGUCACCCAAAGUCAUGACCCCACCCCAGCUUGUGACCACUGUGCCUUUGACCCUCUCAAAACCUGGCCCUAGUAUUGAUGCACUUGGCUUCUCCUCUUUGGAGAAUAACGUUCCGGGCCUCUCCAAGCUCAUCCUUCAAAAGUUGAACAUGAAAAACUAUGAAGAAUACAAGUUGGUGAUAGAUGGAGGUACCCCUCUACCUGGCUUUGGAUUUCGAUGUCUUCAGGAAAUGUUUGAGAAUAUGGAGGACACAUUUCGGUUCUGUGCUCACUGUAGAAUACUGCCUAGUGGGCUUUCUGAUUCCAAGGUCCUCCGAUUCUGCAAGAGGUGCAGAAAUGUAUAUUACUGUGGCCCAGAGUGCCAAAGAUCAGACUGGCCAGAACACAAGAAGGUCUGUCAAGAGCUGUGUCUUGUGGCUGUGGACCGUCUCAUGGAAUGGCUGCUGGUUACAGGUGAUUUUGUCCUGCCUUCAGGACCUUGGCUAUGGCCAGCUGAAGCAAUACAGGACUGGGAUACCUGGUUUUCCAUGUGGGGUUUACAACUAGAUACUACACUGAAUGCUGUGCUAGAUUGUCAGGCCAUGACCACCCUAUGGGCCAGUGUAAGACGACCAAGACCAGAUUCAGAUGUUCUGCAGAGCUCUUUGAAAAGGCUAUUGACAGAUGCUCUAUCCCGACCGUUGACAAUAGGCUUAGGACUUCGGGUCUUGAGCAUAGAUCUUGGGAAGGCUGGAGGAAGCACAGUGCACAUAGUUGGUGCUUCUCACGUGGAGACGUUCCUCACGCGCCCAGAGGACUAUGAUGAACUCACCUAUAUGUUUCCUGGACACCUUGGCCUCCGUGUGAUCAUGGUUGGCGUAGAUGUGGCUACAGGCUUUAAACAGAGCACCUCACCUUCACCCCUGGAACCUGGCACAGUUCACGUUAGCAGCCACAGAGGUCUCUAUCAUGACGUCUGGGAGGAGCAGGUGGAGACUGGGCAGAUAGCCCAUCCAGAUUUGGUGGUGGCAUUCCAUCCAGGUUUCCAUUCCUCUCUGGACUUGAUGGAGGCCUGGCUGCCAACCCUGCUGCUGCUUCGCGACUAUAAGAUCCCAACACUGAUUACUCUUUACAGCCAUCAGGAAUUGAUAGCCUCUUUGCAGAUUCUGGUAGACCUGGAUACACACAUCACUGCCUAUGGAGCUAACCCUUUCACAUCUCUCAAACCUGAACAAGUCUAUUCCAACCCCAACAAGAAGCCAGUAUACUGCAAUGCCUAUUAUAUCAUGUUUCUUGGAAGCUCCUGUCACCUGGAGGAGAGACAACUGGAAGAGAAAGUGGAUGACAGAGUUUAA